CCAAAAGCUUCCUUCACCAGUUGUCACAAGCGAUGCCUGAAGACGAACCUAUCGUCGCCUCGGCCGUUGUCGUGCCAGACGCGCCGGCACCUCCGUCGCCGCCGCACGACAACCCGCCGAAGCGCAGGCAAUCGUCUGUCUCCGAAGCUGCCAACAAGCGCCCUCGCCUGAGCAUCGACGACACCGCCAAUGACGCCUCCCCGAACGGCGCUGAAUCGAAGCCCACCGAGCCCGACCGUGGCACCGAUCGGCGCCGUAGCAGGCAGUUGGAGGAACGUAAGCGCGGCCAGAGGCUCUUCGGAGCAUUGUUGGGCACGCUGUCCCAGAGCACAUCGUCAGCAGCUCAGAGGCGUCGCGCAGAUAUCGAGAAGAAGCAGCAAGAGAAGUUGAAGCGACAAGCUGAAGAGUUUGACCAAAACAAGAAGGAACGGCUCGAGGAACUUGAUGGCAUCAGGCGCCGCGAACAGAAGAAAUACGAUGAGCAAUCGAUGCGCAUCCGCCAUUCGAAUCUCAUCGCCAUGGCGCACUCGCUCAAGACCAAAACAGAACCGGCACUCUACUAUUUACCCUGGGAACUAAGACCAGAAGAUGAAGCCAUGAUCAAAGACCAAGUAGAAGAAGCCGAAGCGAUCGUGGACAAGGAGUUGGACGAAUUCAACAGGCAGCGGGACGCUGAACGAGAACAGGCAGCUGCAAGAGCAGAAGAAGAGAAGAACAGCGACGUUGCAAUGGAGGAGGCUGACGCAGAAGCUAAGAAGAAAGAGCCUUCUUCGGAGACGGUGGGUGCAGAGGAGCCGACUGCGUCAGAGCCCCCCAAGUCUCCUCCAGUGGAGCAAGAUGACAGUACUAACCAGGCUACUACUACUACUACCGACGCCGACAUGACAGCUGUGCAAGAAGCAAAAACCACGUCCCCGACCCAGGCCGAAGCUGAUGAGCAGGCGUCGAAGGAAGCCGAACUUAAAAACAAGGAGCAGCAGGGAGAUGACAAUGGCGAGGAGGUACUCGAAGCAGAGGAGGAUACUGUCAUCUACUAACGGUGCUGCUGUCAUGAUAGCGUCUGUCCGUCUCGUCUUUGUAUACCUCUUGCACGAUCUGUCUAGCGCAUUGGCGGAAUUCUCCAGCACUUGAUCGUUUCGACCAUGUCAUGAUACUACAAAAAAGCGAAUAUAUGGCUGCAAUCGUGGCGCUUGUUGGAG